UUUUCCUCUUUCCUUCAAAGUCAGCAGUCACACUCCAACAAGCUGCUUCUGUCGCACUUUGCCAUGUGAAUCGUGCGUAACGGCGCACCGCAGAGUUUGCGGGACUUUGUCAUCCUGUGAGGAGGACAUGGAUCUUCAUCUCCUUCAUUCAUCCGCAGCACCACUUCACUGAACAUCAACGAGCAGGAAAACGUUUUUAUUGAAAGGAACCAAAUGUUUGUUAUUGUCCUUUAAGCGGACUUGAUGAUGGAGGUUCGCUUCUUCUACCUGAUUUCCUUCGCGCUGAUCCGGAUCGGCUGGGGUCUGGGUUACCCGGAGACCGGACCGAGAGCUGCCAGCAGACAUAGAAACUGGUGCGCCUAUGUGGUGUCACGCACCGUCAGCUGUGUGAUGGAGGACGGGGUGGAGACGUACAUCAAACCGGACUACCAACGUUGUACCUGGGGCCAGUGCCCUCGAGUGGCCUAUCGGACGUACAGGAGGCCGAGGUAUAAGGUGGCUUACAAAAUGGUGACAGAAAUGGAGUGGAAAUGUUGCCAUGGUUACACAGGGGAGGACUGCCAUGACGGGCCGAAGGAAAGCGGUGACACUCAGGUCAGCGGAGGACGACCGAGCGGCACGUUGACGGGUUACGUCCCAUCCAGCGGGCAGAGGGGCGGAGACAACAGAGAGGGUGACAGCGAGAAGAUCAGACAGCUGGAGGAGACGAUCAGGAGUUUGACUAAAGAUCUGUACAAAAUCCAGUCCACCGUUCAUGACAUCAACCAGAGACUACCUGAAGUGAAUGGGGCGAGCAUUCCUGCUGAUUCAGCUCAGCCGCACAUGAAGGAAACCAUCCACAGCAUCCAGACCAAGCUGGACCAGCUCUACAACAGGACGCAAGUUCAUGACCAGACUUUACUUGACAUCAACAACCACCUGGUGAAUGGAGGAGGCAAUGAGCUGGAUGGAGUGGCCAAAGGAGGAGUGAAUCAGUUCAACAAUCUGAAAGAAGAAAUUCUGACUGAACUGGAGAGACGAGUGACUCUGUCCUGCUCCGCCUGUCAGGCUGGUGUGGAGGACCUGAGGCACCAACAGCAGGAGGACAGGGACAGGAUCCGAGACCUGGAGAAGCUGAUCAGCUCCUUGGAUCAACAGCUGAAGCAGAGUGUUGAAAUCUCACGUACUGAGACGGAACGCUCUCAGGGAUGCUGCGACACGCUUACUGGGCUGGAGAAGAGGCUGACUGACGUGGAGGUCCAGAUCACAUCCCACGCUAACAAAUAUGACACCAUUAAAGGUCGCCUGGAUAAGGAGCUCGCCGGGACAGGCGGCGGGAAGGGACGAGUGACCGAGGAUAGGUUGAACAUCAGGCUGAGAGAAUUGGAGAAGAGGUUGAAUAACACUAUGAGGAAGACAGAACAGAGGUGCACGAACACAGGGAACAACAUGAAGGACAACGUUCAGAGAGAGGUCACCCAGCUGCGCAACAUGGUCCUCACACGACUGGACGACAACAGCGUCAAGAUCGGUAAGAUCGAGCUGGAUGUGUCCGUUGUUGGGGACACAGUCACCGACCACAGCCGACGUUUAGCUCAGCUGGAGAACAUCACAACCCACCUUGACAGAAGACUAACAUCCACCAUGAAGAUGUGCAAUGAGACCUGUGGGCCAAACGGAAAAGGAAAAAAGGUAGAAGACACCGUCAAAACCUUAGAGUGGAAAGUUGUAGCCAACGAAGAGGAGAUCCAGAAGUUUGACACCAGGUUAAAGGAUCUGUCGGUGUCGGGAGACUCACUGAUGGACAGAGUGAUCGACUUGGCCGAAGAUGUCAAAAUAAUAAAAGCAGUGACAGGAGAGAAUGACAAACGCUUAAAUGAGAUUGUCACAGAGGUUAGGACAUUGGGCAGUGAUGUUGAAGACUGUUCGAUUUGCAGCACUGUAGAACAGGAUUUGCUCUCGCUCACCAACUCCACCAACAGCGCCCUCAGCAGGUGCCAGGUGGAAAUGACAGACCUGCGAAGAAGAAUUGACUCCGACGAAUCUGUCUGCUCUCAGGUGUGCUCCAACCUCCAGGAGGAGGUAGGACGGCUCCGAGAGGAAGUGGAGGAGUGCACCACUCAGUGCCAAACUAAGAUAAAUGAUCUGAAGAAGCACAUGGAGGAUCACAGUAUCCACAGUGGAAGACUUGGAGGAGAACUGAAGUCCCUCCAAGGAGAGCUGGGUGAGGUCAUAGUGACAUUCAACUCUGUUAAUGACUCUCUGAAUGGGCUGGGAAGGACUGUCCAAAGACAUGAAAACAUUCUGAUUCACCUAACUGACGCCAAAGACAACAUCAUCUCUGAGGUGGACAAGUUGGACAAGGAUCUGAUGGACCACAUCGAUGACUCCAAGCUUCAAUUCAGCAGCCUGGGCAAAGACAUCCACAUCAUAACAAGUAACUACAUGACGGAGGUGGGGGAGUGCCGGCGGUCCAGCAACGGCCUGGAACAAAGACUGUCCAAGGUGGAGGGGCUGUGCAAGCGCUUCGACACUUUUUCUGACAGCCUGGAGAGUAUCAAGGAAGGACUGAACCGACAUGUCUCUGGACUUUGGAGCUGUGUUAAUGGCCUCAAUGUUACAUUAAUAUCUCAUGGAGAUCUUAUCAACAAUAUCCAGAAUGUUGAGCUGAAGAAUGUCGACUCCAGGAUACACAGACUUAACUCAUCACUGGUGGACUUGGUGGAGGAAUUCCAAAACUUCUUUGAGCAGGACUUUAAGGGUCCACCUGGUACGCCAGGUCCUCGUGGGGAGAGAGGUGAGCCUGGACCUCAGGGUCCAAUGGGAGCCCAAGGCAGGGUGGGACCUCCGGGAAGAGAGGGCAAGAGGGGACCAGUUGGAUCUCCAGGUCUCAGAGGAGAACAGGGUCCUGCCGGCUCAGACGCUCAUGUUCCACGCCUUUCCUUCUCUGCUGCGCUCACUCGACAAAUGAGCAACGCUGGAACCAUUGUGUUUAACGAGGUCUUUGUUAACGAGGAGAACGUGUAUGACCCCAAAACAGGCUAUUUCACAGCUCCAGUGAGUGGGAAGUACUUCUUCAGCGGAAUCUUGACAGGACACAAGAACAUGAACAUCGAGGCAGUCUUGUCCAAGUCCAAUGUUGGAGUAGCCCGAGUGGACUCAGCCGGGUAUCAGCCUGAAGGUCUGGAAAAGCCCAUGUCUGAGGCAAAACACAUUCCUGGAGCUGUGGCCAUCUUCAACAUCAUCCUACCCAUGGAAGCUGGAGACACACUUUGUAUUGACCUUGUCACCGGAAAGCUGGCGUACUCCUCAGAACCAUUCACGGUCUUCAGUGGGAUGUUGCUCUACGAGACUACAUAUGAACCGUUGGAUGUUAUUUAAUGUUUUUGUGGAUGACUCGCACAAGUGAGCAUCUGUGUUGUCUGCUGGACUGUAAGAGACAGAACUUCUGAUGCACAGCCGAACAGACAUACGUGAAGAAUGUGUAAGACUGAAUCCUUUCAACAAGGAUAGAUUGUUUAUUUUAAAGUGCUAAAAAGGAAGGCACAAAGUGUUACAUCGCUUUAACGGGAAAAAGAGACGUUGUACAUUUUAUGUUUUUAUUUGCGUUUGAAAAUAAUGAAGUAAUAGGACCAGUGGGCACAAUCCAACAUUUGACCCCAAUGAUCUUAACCUUCAUACAAAUGAUGAACCUAUGGCUCGCCAUGCCAGAGCAAUUUUGGAAUCCACCAUAUUUGUUCCAGAAUGUGUGGAAAACCAAAUUCCUUUAUCUUUUCCAAAAUAAAUUGUUUAACUGCAAUUUUGGUAAAAAUCAGCUCAGGGACCUGGGAGGAGUGAGCCAGGCAGACAUGACUUUGGCCCCAGUUCCUGACCUUUGGCAAAUUUGUCCUUUCCAGAACCCACCUCCAUAUAUUUGCCAAAUAUGUUGCAGAUCUGAGUGAAAAAUUUAAAUUGUAGCCUUUGACCCAAUGAUCUUGACCCUAGUGAUUGACCUUUGGUAAAUUUGAUGUUACCUUGGCAAUUCAGAACCUGCCUCCAUAUGCCUGCCAAGUGCAAAUCAGAGGAGAAAAACUUCAAUUUUGACCUUUCAUGGCAAUUAUUUUGACCUCAGUGAUUGAUAAAUUUGAUCUUGCCUGGGCUAUUCCUGGUUCUGCCUGUUCAGGGGACAUUGGCGUGAAGAACAAUUUUUGACCUUUGACUCCAGUGACCUUGACACUUGCCAAAGCUAUUACAUUAAGGGCAGUUCUGAGGUCAACCAUCAUCAACAUGUCAAACUCGGUGGAAAUCGGUCAAAGGACUUGGGUGGAGCAGACAAAUGUUGCCUGAAUUAUAUAGUACAUUUAUAGUGUGAUGCCAGUGCAGGGUUUUGGCAAUUCCUCAUUUUCAUGUUGCGUGUGAGCUUGAAUUCUUCCUUUGAUUGCAGCACUGUAGAUUUCUGGUCCAACAUGCAUUGGGAAACUGGGUUUAAAAAACAAAACAAACAAAAUUAUACUUUUUUUUUAAAUGGUGUAAUCUGCCAAACACUAAUGUUCAGAGGUAAUUGCACAUGUCUGAUGUGCUUUUCUUUUCUUAUUAUCCACUGUUUUAUUUUGGCCACAAGCAAAUUCCCAGAAAUGCAACAUUAGCUGCCAAUUGUCUAAGGAAAAUUUAAAAAAAAAAACUACAGCGAUGUAAGGCCAGGGGGCAGGGGCCAAACCACUGUUCUGUACAAGAAAAUGCAUAAAUAAAGCCAACGACAGUGAAGCUAGCACAUAAAGCCACGGGGUUUUAUAAAUCACACAACAGCAAAACAAAAGGCCCAUUUUAGGACAUUAACAGGAAUGUGAGGCUUGAGAGUGGAAAGCGUAAUAAAGGGGAUUUUAUUUUUCCCCUCCUCAUAUCCUAAUAAGGGCCAUCUAAAUUUAGCAGAGGAUGAAAAGUUUUAUUAUGCAGCUUGUAUGUGCUCCUCUGAUGGUGGAAUUUUAAAGCUAAAGAUAACAUGAAGCUGCACAUCUGCCUGAUUGUUGCUGUUCUUCAUCCUUGAGCAAGUUUAACCACAUUAUAGUGGGAAUGUGUCUUUGUAUGACUCUUCGCAUAAUGCACAAUUUUU